AUGGGCGGAGUCGCCCGAUUCUUUGUAUUUAACGUUCUCCCGUUUGGUAUCUCUACGGCGGGUUAUAUUUUCACAAAGUUCUUACGACAGGUAGUCAAGCACGUGCGUGGUCAAGGUCACAAACUAGUUAUGUUUUUGGACGACGGCAUUGGUGGUCAUGGUACGGCAGGCGGGGCUAACGUAGCCAGUCAAUGCGUAAAGAGAUGUUUGAGAGAUUACGGUUUCCUUAUCGCGGACGAAAAGUGCCAAUGGGAGCCAUCCCAGGAUGUCACGUGGCUCGGGUACACGUGGGCAAUGAUAGAAGGCGUGCUUAGAGUUUCCACCGACAGGGUUGACAGAUUGGUGUCAUUGUUGAAACACACUAUGUCGUUAGUCUGUAGCAGAGGUCAACUGUUGUUCUCGGCCAGGUAUAUCGCCAGCAUUGUAGGGCUGGUCAUAUCAAUGCACAGUGUAAUAGGAUCGACGGUUCGACUGCGUACGCGUGAACUUAGCGCAAGUUUGUUGACGAGAGCCAGCUGGAAUGCUGGAGUGUUUUUGAGCGCAGAGGCGCUGAACGAAAUAGAAUUUUGGCUUUCUAAUGUACAAACUUUAAACGACAAAGGGUCGACAUUGAGGGAGAGUAACAAAUGUUCAAAGGUAAUUUGUACCGAUGCCUCUGAGGUAGGUUACGGAGGUUUUGUUAUCCCCUGUGUGGAUCCUCUUAUGGAGGGAGAUGAAACACUUAGUGCCGAGGACACUAGUUAUAUGCAUGAGGCAUUGGCCUUGGCUGAAGACGACGGUUUUAUUCCAAAUGUGGAAAGGUUGUACGAGCAUGGUGACUGCGUGGUCAUAGGAACAUGGGACAGUGACGAGCGCGUGCGUAGUUCCACGUGGAAAGAGUUGGAGGCAGCGAAGCGCGUAUUGUUUACUACUAUAGAUAGGGUCAAAGGUCACAAUGUCAGGUUAUUCAUGGAUAACAAGGGCGCAUGUACAAUCGCUCGGGUCGGUAGCGGUAAAACACACUUACAGAAGGUCGCUAUGGACAUGCAUAGGCUUACGUCCAGUAAUAGUGUUAACCUGGUAACACAGUGGUUGCCCAGAAAUAGCAAUAAAACCGCUGAUUUUCUCAGCAGAUGUUCUGAUUCCGAUGAUUGGUCUGUUCAGGCUUGGGUGUUUGGUGUUUGUGAGAAGAAGUGGGGACCACAUGAAGUUGAUCGUUUCGCUUCAGAUUACAAUAAAAAAUGCACUCGUUUUAAUUCCCGGUGGUAG